AUGAAAGGAGGUUUCCUGUGUCAUUUCCAAGACCCAUUGAUCAUAAGCCAGAGGUCUCUCCAAUCCUGGAAAGGAUCGUGUGUGUUGAUUCCAUGCGAGAUUAGAAGAACAUAUGAUGGUCAAAAGCUCAAAGACUUGUACCUAGUUUGGUAUUUUGGGGCAAUUUAUGUUAAAACAGACUAUAUUGGAACCACGUUGUACAAGAGCAAUAUGACCUCCAAUGACCAAACCACCCCAAUUAUUCCUCACUUUCAGCAUCGUGUUCAAUUUGUAGGGGAUUUAAAUGAAAGAAAUUGCAGCUUGAAGAUCUCCCAACUGCAGAAAAAUGACACUGGCAGAUAUGGGGCACGGCUUUAUGGUCCAGCUGCAGACCCAAAAGCUAAGUGGUUUCUAAAUGCUACUGUUACAGUUGAAGAGUCACCUCCACUACCCAAGAUGGAAACUUUCAUUCACAGAUCCUAUUUCCAAAGGACCCAAGUCUUUGAAGAACAGAAGAAAGCUAAAGUGGACUGCUCAGUGACUUACCAUUGCCUUGACCAGCCACUGCAGCUGACCUUCCAAGGCUUAGAAGAGGAUCAUUUGGCUUCACAAAAAAUGACAUUUCAAAACAGAAUGAUAAAGACUGUUCUUGUCUUUGUGCCAACUUGGGAGGACCACGGGAAAACACUGAAGUGCUCCCUGAACAACCAGGAUGGGUCAGAGGUAUCCCAGGGAAGCAUGCCACUGAAUGUGAAACAUGCCCCAAAAGGAGUUAAGUUGAAAGCUAUAUCUGGGACGACAGUCCAAGAAGGGAUGGAACUCUCAUUGGAGUGCAUAUUCAACAGCAGUUACCCAGCUGUUCAUGAACACAAUUGGUAUAAGGACCAUCAGCCGAUACAAUAUUACUCAAAUAAAAUUGAAUUCGACCCUGUGAGUCGUCAUCAUUCUGGUAGUUAUAAAUGUCAACCUGUAAAUGGAAUUGGAAGCAGCCAGUCAGAAGAACUGAACAUCGAUGUGCAAUAUCCACCCGAGAAUACUGAAGUUCAACAGGUGCCCCAGAGGAAGAUAACGGAAGGGAACAGUGUCACUUUGCGAUGCUUUUCUCAAGGAAAUCCACCUAUUCAGAAUUACACGUGGUAUAAAGACAAUGAGCUGCUAUUUAUAGAACAGAAGGAGGUGCUAUUUUCAAAAAUCAAAGCUAGAAAUUCCGGCACCUACUAUUGUGAAGCCCAGAACCUCAUUGGCACAUCAAAAUCUGCACCUGUCACACUGGAUGUUCAUUAUGCUCCCAAGAAUGUCCAGCUUGCCCUUGAUAACCGUUGGCCCAUAAAGGAAAGAGACACCAUUACGUUGAACUGCUCCGUAGGCAGCAGUAAUCCGAGUUACUGCACAUACAAGUGGUAUAAGAAAGACGGAGCAGGAAAAGAGAGACUUUUGGAUCCUAACAAGCAACUAGUUGCCUUUGGGGCACCCCGUGAAAAAGCCAGCAUUUACAGAUGUGAAGCAUGCAAUUAUAUCCAAUGUACUACAUCCGCACCAGUCACUGUGAAUGUUCUUUUUGCCCCCAAUGAGGUCAAAAUUGUGCAAGAGCCAGAGGGGUUAAUCAAUGAAGGUGCCAUUGUUCGACUGAAAUGUGAAGUGGGGGCAGCAAACCCUGAUCAACUCACCUACGCCUGGUACAAAGAUAAGACGCAGGUAGUCUCUACAGAGGAUAUGCUGAACAUCCAGGAAGCGACUGCAAACAAUUCUGGCAACUACCAUUGUGAAGCCAAAAACACAGUGGGCAAUUCACGCUCUUCGACCAUCAAGCUGAUUGUGCAGUUUGGUCCCCGCAACUUCAAACUGUCCCUGAAUCCCAAGGAUGCCAUCAUUGAAGGAAACGAUGUCUACUUAAAAUGUAACAAUGACGCCUUUCCGGCAGCAGAUAUGUACAUGUGGUACUGGAACAGGGAACUGAUGCCUCAGGAGAAUUCCGAAAUCCUUGUGCUCCAAGAAGUCCAAGUUGAGCACUCAGGGGACUACUCCUGCAAAGCUUCUAAUGUAGUCUCUGAAGGGGAGUCGCCGCCCACGGCUGUCAUCGUGUACUACAGCAGAAGUACAGUGCUGAAGCGUACCGCCUUUGGCUUUAGCAUUGCUCUUGCGCUGGUGAUUCUGCUGGGGUUGCUGCUCCUUGCCUGGCGGAGAUGGAAAGUGAUUGAUCCAGGCACUGGCAGGACCGAAAGGGCCACCUCAUUUUUUGUGAAGAAGCCCAAGGGAGAAAAGCUGUGCAAUAAGAACAACCAAUUAAAUGAAGGCGGAACAGAAGACUCCGUUGCGUUCCUGAACCACGGUGCAGAUGGCGCCAUUUCUUAUGCAACAAUCCAGUUCCCUCCCAGGGUCACCGAAGAUCCCACCAUUUAUGCUAGGAUUAAACAGACGAGUCCAAGACCAGGACUGGAUUCCUCAGAUGAUGCUGUGAUCUACAGUGUGGUAAAGAAACCCCCCUCAAAGGGAGACACCAAGGCUGACUAUGAGAAUGUGGUGGAAAAGAAAGAAGAGGAGCUGCACUACUCUUCCCUGGUGAACCUGACUCCCCGCCCCCGCCCCACCUAUGUAGAUUCAGAGACAGACUCUGAAUCAGAAGAGAGCAUCCAGUAUGCAUCCCUGAAGCACUGAUCCACUUGGGACGAGCUGCGAUCAGGAACUGCUCCCAGACUCUUUGCACCCCAGAGUGGUGGUGGUCUUGGUAGGGUUGAGUCUAUGUUUCAGCUUGCUUUUUACAGCCAAGAAAAGCAGAGCUUGAAGGUAACGG